CUCUUUUUCUGUUUUGUUUCAUUUUUACCACUUUCUUUUCCUUUCUUUUACUAUAUCAUGAAAAAUACAGUGCUAAUAUGCCUCAUAAUUCUAUUUGCCCUGUCAGUUAGAGCAGACGAAAUUCCUCCUUGCUUUGGAUCAAAUUGUGCCUAUACAUUUGACAAAAUUUACUGUUACGGCGGAAAACUCGACAACAAACAGUUUAAUAAUGACAUGUAUGAAUUGAAUUUGAAUAGCUUAUCCCAGAUUCCAGUGAGUGACAUUGUAAACAAAUGGACUUUGAUCACCCCAAACCCAAGUUCGGGUGUUCCUCAAGAUGAAUACAGAUAUGGAAGCCAGUUCGUCGUAUUACCUGACGGUUCUUUAUUUUUUGAUGGUGGAUACAAUGAGGAUCACCCGCUUGUAGCCAGAAAUAUUACUUACAACCCCCAAAAAAAUGUAUGGACUGUGUUACCAGGACCUAGCUACAACGACAGUAAAAAUGGAGGCGUUUAUAGACAAGUAUAUUCCGCAGCAGCAGUACAUCUCCCUGAUACCAAUAGCGUAGCAUUUUACGGAGGAAGAGAAUUGAAUGCUGCCUUAAAUUUUACGUAUACAAUUGAAAAACCUUUUGCUAAUCUGACUUACGAAAUAAGUUCGGAGCAAGACCCCUCAAAGAAACUAGUUGAGGGCAUUUAUGGAUAUGGCUACCUAACCGAACUAAACCUCGAUACAGGAAUAUGGACUUCCGUAAAUGAAUACUUUUCGACUACAAAUUACUUUCCACCUAUAACCAGUUAUGCAACAGCAACAUACCAUCCAGGCAGCAAAAGAAUAAUUUAUUUGGGCGGAUUUUCCAAAGAUGAGUUUUUAGUAGGUUCAACUGAUCAACUAGAUCGCAUUAAAUUCUAUGAUACUCGAACUGCGGAUUGGGGUGGAAAAGGCACCAAUGGAUUUAUCACACCGACUUCCAGACUUGGGCAUACUGCAACAUUGUUAAAUACCGGGAAUAAUAUCCUUGUUUAUGGAGGUAUUAUCCAGACUAGUGAUGAGACGUUAGAAGGGAAGCUUUCACCCGAUUAUAUGUUUGAUUUGGAUCUGAACACCUUGACAUGGACAGUGAUAAACAGGCCAACAAAUUCAUCAGGUCCUAGAGCUUUUCAUUCAGCUGUUCUUGUUAAUGGUACGAGUUUGUUUAUAAUGUUUGGUAAAAAGAACCCUGAGACCGCUGGCUCUCUUGUUGCUGCAAAUGACAUUAUGAUACUUAACGUAACAGACAGAAACGCUAUAACGUCUUUGAAUACUUAUCCCAAUCCUACAAAUAAUGAUUCUGCAUCGAAUGGGGGUCAAUCUAAAGGACUUUCGGGUGGUGCUAUUGCCGGAAUAGUGGUGGGCGUUGUUGCAUUGAUCGCUAUUUUAGUCUUAGCGGCAUUAUAUCGUAAAAAAUCCAAGGAUAAAGCAAAAAGAAAGGAGGAGCUUCGCGAUAAUUAUAAAGCAAUAGAUGGCGAGUAUAAAGAAGUGCAACCAUUUAGUGCGGAAUUUUCGGGAGGGUCCACGGACGUAGAAAACACAUCAGCUCAACCCAUCGCAUCAGGAAAAUCAAAUCAAUAUGCUAAUACCUAUUCACCAGAUUUAGCAGACUCAAAAUUGAUAAAACCUGAUGUUUACACAGAUUUGCAAACGAAACCCAAACCUGAUGUUCAUGGCACUUUUCAUACGAAAGACAAACCCGAUGUUUACGGUGGUUUUCAUUCAAAAUACAAACCUGAUGUCGAAGACGACUAGCACACGAAACCUUUUUAAUUUAAUAUUUAUAUUAAUAACAGGUAGAAACAACAGUUAAAUUGUGUAAUAGAAGCUUCCAUUUUUAUAAAUUAGAUUAAAGGGCACGGAUAAGUGCCCUAUUGUAUGCGUAUAAUAUAACUUUCAAUUAAAGUCGCUUCAUCCAAAAGAUUAACCUGCUUAUGCUUGCGAGGGGUAAGAAGCCCCCACCCCACCCCACCCC